AUGAAAAACAACUUCCACACCCAAAUCUUAAAACUGUGCCUCUCGGAGAUCCUCAUUCAAUCCGGUUUUGAAAAAGCAACCUCAAUGGCACUUUCCACGCUCACGCAUCUUCUCGCCUACUACAUAGGGUAUCUUACCAAAAGAUCUUUUGACCGUCCAUUUCUCACUAAAAAGCAUUUAUUCGCUAACCUGUGCGAUAGAGAGCGGAGCGAACUGGUGAGUUACCUUCAAGCACAGAGAAAGACGUGUGAGCGCAAUCAAACAGCGCUUAAUCUGCUUGAACAGCUGCGUAUCAUGCCGGACGAAAAAGACGAAGUGGUAGAGGAAUGUGUUGAAGAGAACAAGGUGUUUAAAAAGACAAGGAAUAGUAACGGAGUAUCUGAAGUGCUUCACAACUUUAUAAAGCAGUGCAAGCAAAGAAUCGAGGAGGAGAAGGACAGGAAGGAUGAGCAGGGAGACAGGGACGUGUGCGAUACAGGCACGGUGUUUGACACGGUAAAAGAGCACAAGGGUAUGAAAAACAUGCCGCCGUUUUUUAUCGAUGGAAGAUGUACCAACAGACUGAGAAGAGGGGCCAAGGAAUAUGCAGAGAUGAUGGAAUGGAGAAGAAGCAGAGAGGAUAAUGGGAUGGUGACUGAUGAGUUGCUUUGUUUUAGCAGGAGGAUGGUAGAAAAGGAAUAG